GCAGAGUCAAUGAUCCUCCUUGGUGUUACUUCAGAACAGUCUGAACCAAAACUUAGGGAGUCAAAAAGAAUUCAAGACAGUGUAAGGAGUGACCCGCAUACUGCAGCGGGUAAAAGAUUGAGGUCGUAUUGGGCGAGUAUGGAUGUUGACAGUAAAAGGAACUUCAUGAAAGUAAGUACUGCAAAACUUAAAGCUUAUGUUGAGAGAUUAUACGGCAGAGAGGGUAUAGAUGCUUUGGAACAAGUUCUCGAUUCUGCAAAGAUAAACAGAAAAUGGAAAUUCUGGAUGUGUCGAUCUUGUUCGCAGAAGUUCUAUUAUCCUAAAAAGUUUAAGAAUCAUCUUGAACAAGAACAUGCUGCAAAAUUUAAACCUUCUACGACAAAGCUUAUGGCGCAGAGGGUAGAUGAAGUCUGGGCUGGUAUGAUAUCGGUUGCAGGUUGGGAACCUGUUGAUGCAGUAGCUGCCGCUGAAAUAAUCAAGAACCGGCUCGAAUUUGUGAAAGAGUUUGUAUAUGAGAAUGGAUGGUCCAAAAACUGGCCUUUAGCUUCAGAUGAAGAACGCAGCAAGUUACUCAAAGAAAUCCAGUUGCUACUUGUUUCGUUCCGGGAGCGGAGAAUUCUCUCUUGUAGCAUUCGAGAUUGGAUGAU